AUGGCUAAUAAGCCCGCUGCUGAAGUGGACAUUGCAGUCCUGAUCGACGGGGAGCUGAAGGACCUAAUUAGGCAGCGUGGACUGGAGAUCCCACGAAAAGCCACCAGACCAGCUCUUGUUGCUCUUCUCAGAACAUCGCUGGAUGAGCACAACGAAAUAAGUGAACCUACUAGCACGAGCCACCUGGCUGCUAAUGAGUGUGUUGUUGCCAGCCUGUGCUCAGCUCUGUCUGAACUCACUGAUGCCGUCCGAGAGUUGAAGACCGAGUUACACGCCAUGAGAGAAAUAGAAGCUAAAUUCAUCGAUUCUGCCAGAGAGGUGUUGUGCCUGACGACUGAAUUUGGCUUUCGGAAGCACCGUUCUACCGGACAGCUUCUCACCAAGGUUAUGAACGACUGGCUUGUCUCGCGCGACGCUGGACUGCACACGGCGAUUGUACUUCGAACUAAUAGAUGCCUCCAAAGACCAGUGGCCGAGUUGUGCGGAAGUAAUGCAGAUCAGUGCGUCAGCGCGGGCGCAGGUUUCUACUGCACGUGUGUGUCGGGUUACGAGUGGAGGACCACCAGCUGCUAUGAUAUCGACGAAUGUGAGGUUCACCCGUCACAGUCUCCGUGCGCUCUCCAGAACGCUAAGUGCACAAACACCGCAGGCAGUUAUACAUGCCCUUGUAAACCUGGUUUCCAGGGACACAACUGCGAUGACAUUAAUGAAUGUGAUGCUAACCCUUGUCCUAGCCGGGCUGGGUGUGAGAACACAGCUGGAAGUUUCAAAUGUUCCUGUCUGCCAGGUUACAGUGGUACUGUCACUGGCAUGAACUGUACAGAUAUCAACGAAUGUGAGGUGGACCCGUCACAGUCUCCGUGCGCUCUCCAGAACGCUAAGUGCACAAACACCGCAGGCAGCUAUACAUGCCCGUGUAAAGCUGGUUUCCAGGGACCCAACUGCAACGCUGUUGAUUGCGGAUCACCCGGCAACAUCUCCAACGCUAAGCUGGCAAGUAGCGAUGUAACCGUAUAUCCCACAGUCCUGGCAAUAACGUGUAACGCUGGGUUUCGUGUUAACGCUUCGGUCAACGCCACUGUCAACAUCACUACCCAGUGCACAUCGAGUGGCACGUGGACACACGCCGGAAAGACAAUUUGUAUAGACGAGAAUGAAUGCAGUGGAAACUCUCACCGUUGUCAUGACAAUGCAAUGUGCACAAACACAUUUGGCAGUUACAAUUGCACUUGCUCCACUGGAUAUGUAGGCAAUGGAGCGCAUUGUCAAGACGUGAAUGAAUGCACGGUGUUCAGUCCGUGUUCCGUUGACGCUCAGUGCACUAACACGAAUGGAAGUUACGCAUGUGCGUGUAACACCGGCUAUUCCGGCGACGGAGUGAACUGUGAAGAUGAGAAUGAAUGCAGUGGAAACUCUCACCGUUGUCAUGACAAUGCAAUGUGCACAAACACAUUUGGCAGUUACAAUUGCACUUGCUCCACUGGAUAUGUAGGCAAUGGAGCGCAUUGUCAAGACGUGAAUGAAUGCACGAUGUUCAGUCCGUGUUCAGUCGACGCCCAGUGCACAAACACCGGUGGGAGUUACGCAUGUGCGUGUAACACCGGCUAUUCCGGCGACGGAGUGAACUGUGAAGAGGUGAACGAGUGCAUUGCUUUAAGUCCCAACCCGUGCUCCGUUGAUGCUCAGUGCACAAACACUAAUGGAAGUUACACAUGUAAAUGCGACAAAGGAUUCUCUGGCAACGGAGUGAACUGCAAAGAUAUUGACGAAUGCAGUGUGUACAACGGCAAUUGUGAUGCAAAUGCAAACUGUGCUAACUCAGUCGGUAGCUACUCUUGCAACUGUAACGUAGGGUUUACCGGUAAUGGCAACCAGUGUACAGACGUCGACUGCGGACCAGCGCCGAUUACGAACGGUCGAUUCACACCUGCCUCGCCCACGACAUACAACAGCUUGCAAACCCCAAUCUGCAACUCCGGCUUUGAACUCAAGCCGGCUUAUGUGACAUCGAUUGUCUGUUUGAAUAACGGAUCAUGGUCCAACUCUGUUGCGUGCAUAGAUAUUGACGAAUGCAGUGUGAACAACGGCAAUUGUGAUGCAAAUGCAAACUGUAGUAACUCAGUUGCUAGCUACUCUUGCACCUGUAGAGUAGGGUAUACCGGUAAUGGCAAGCAGUGUACAGACGUGAACGAAUGCAAGGCAACACCAGGUGUGUGCCGCAAGAACUCCGACUGCGUCAACUCCAUUGGCAGCUACGCCUGUCCUUGUUUGCCCGGAUUUGGCUCGGUAAACCAGGAAUGCCAGGAUGUGGAUUACUGCCGCGUCAUGCCACCGCCGUGUAUACAGACGGCGGAAUGCCUGGACGGGAUACAGACCUUCACCUGCAGUUGCUCAAAGGGAUACUCUGGCAAUGGAAGCUACUGCGAAGACGUAGACGAAUGCUCGCUGGGCUCGUCGUCGUCGUCAUUGUCGAGAUACCAAUGCCCGGUUAACUCCCACUGUAAUAACACUGUCGGAGCAUACACUUGUGUGUGUGAUCCGGGAUUCACCAAGAACACCCUUGGCCAGUGUGAAGACAUAGAUGAAUGCCAGGCUGGUGUGUCGGCCGUCUGCGGCGCAAACGCUCUCGCCUGCACGGACACGGCCGGUUCGUUUAGCUGCACGUGCCGCUCGGGAUAUCGCUGGACCGGCAGAGCAUGCGACGACAUUGACGAAUGCCUUGACGGCAGUGCGGUGAGCCGUGACCCGCAGUGCAUUUGCAGUAACAGCGUCGGCUCCUACACGUGUAAAUGUCAGCCCGGUUAUCACCUCAGCACCAAUACCAGCACCAUCACCACAGCCACCACCAGCUCCAGCAGGACUGUGACCGCCGGCCCUGCUGUUGCCAAGUGCAUAGACACAGACGAAUGCCUGACGUACUGUACUGACAGAAGCAUGUCAUGCUUCAACACGGUGGGCAGUUUUUCAUGUCUGUGCGCUGACGGAUAUCAGCAAGGGGGCAGCGAGUGUGUGAAUAUAAACGAGUGUUUACAAUCGCCGUGUUCAAAGAACGCUAUGUGUGCCGAUACCACACCUGGAUUCCUGUGCACCUGUCACACGGGGUACACCGGGAAUGGAAAGGUCUGCGUGACAGACACGAUAACCUGCAGUGCCUUGGAGAGGUAUGAGCCGGCAUCGGGCAAGUGCACUGCCUGCACCUGCGACCAGGCCGGCACGCUGUCCUGCGACACGUUCAACGGCUCGUGCAGUUGCCGCGCCAACGCCCAGGGCGCCGCUUGCGACCAGUGCAUAGCGGGUCACUAUCGCCGGGACGACCAGGCCGCGGACCAGUGCCCGUCGUGCGGUUGUCCUGGCGACCGAACGACGUCAUCGGUGUGUGAUCAGAGUACCUCCCAGUGCCACUGCCUGCCGGCGUACGCCGGUUUCCGCUGCGACUCGUGCAACCGUGGCUUCUACAACCGGAGUAACGUGUGCGUUUCGUGCGCGUGCAACGCGCUGGGAUCGGUGGAAACAGCGUGCCAUGCGAGCACGGGACGAUGCCAGUGCAAGCAAGGGUACACCGGAGAGAAGUGCGACCAGUGUGUGGUCGGGUUUUAUCGCCUGACAAAUGGCGUGUGUGCAGAUUGUCAAUGUGUCACAGCCAAUACCUCUCAGCCAGGCUGCAACUCCUCGGGGCAAUGCUAUUGUGACGCAAGCAGUGGAAGGAAGUGUGAUAUCUGUCCCCAUGCCCGCCAGUACCUAACUCAGUCAGGAUGUACAGACGAUACCGACUUUCCGUCCAUCGACCAGAAAGUACCGUUUGGAGCGUCGUCUAGCUAUGAAAUACCUAUCAUACCUAUACCUGUUGGUCAGCAAAGAACACUUCAAUCUAGUGUGCAUGUGCACAAGAACGGCUUCCUAUCGUUCUCCAAGUUUACCGGUCGCUUUGCUGACCCCUCGCAGCUAACGGACGCAACAAAGAUGGUAGCAGCGAUGUGGACAGACUUGGAGGAUAUGCCGUCGGAUGACGAUGUAGCAUCAUCUGUACACUUUAGGCUGUACACGAACGUGUCGGAUAUCAACGCCACUGCUAUUCCGUCGGCCGCUCGCCUUCCAGCACCUGCGGGAUCAGCCGCGUUCGAGCCGACGUAUGCCAUUGUGGUGCAGUGGAAAGGCGUGCGACCAUCCAAAGACUCGGCACACCGUAACAGCUUUCAGGUGUCGAUACUGACGGACGGCUGCGAGUCCCACGCCACGCUCUAUUAUCCGCCACAUGCCACCACGUUUGUCGGUACCCAGCCGCAGCUACCCGUGAUCGGCGCCUGGACGGCGCCCCGCAACCUGUCGGGUCUCUCGGCAACCGACCUGCUACGAGAACUGAACGCCGGUGCCACGUACACAUUCCCUCUAACUCCGCCAUGUGCCACAUCAUCGCCAAUGGCAACCCCACCGCCACCGUUGCCAUCGGCGACGACGUGCUCCGUGCCGCCGUCGCCGUUCGCGGUCGCCUCUCGCGAAGACGUGCCGUCGUGUCCCUAUGACAACAAGAUGGCCGCCAGCUCGUUCCUGUUCAGCGCAGUCGAUCACCUGGGCAGCGCGCAGUCAAACACCACCGUCUGCUAUCGCACCGCAACUAUCAUGCCGUCUGAUUCGGGUGACACCGACGUACACCUGAUAUGUUGCUAUGACGUAGGUGACGACUCCCUGAUUACGUACGGCCGAUACCAUCCGUACUUGAACAUGUACUCCAACGACUCGGCACAGCUGCAGGUCUGCGCCGACCGUGGUCAGCUGAGCAGGUUCUUCGCAGCGCGACCGUACCCGUACUUUGCCUCCACGCGCAUCGGCGUGCGCACCCAGCGCCCUGGGCAACGCGUCGCAUCUCUCUAUACACAUGGCGCCAUGUACACCGGCCCCGAGAUGCUGAUGUUCUCCGGGACGAGGACCGAGGUCUUGAACCGCGCCGACUUUCUCGUUGCCGCCGUCAACAGCAGGGUGGCGUCGGUGUCGUUCGCUUUGAAAGUGUACGGACGAACGGGGAUAUCCUCCCGCGCCGGCAGGGACCUGACCGGCAUUACAUCAUUUGCCAUUGAAGUCGCUGCUAGCCAGGCUGGCAAGACACUUUUCAGACGCAAGGUGGAGUGGGACGGAGCCCGAUUCACGGACGGGAUGGUCUCAUCGCCGCUUGGAAGCGACGUGACACAGAAAAUCAAGUCCAACAUGUACCACUUUGCGUUCAGCUGGCACGGCGAGACCCUCCAGGUCACGGCAGGCAGAGCGGCGGUGAAGCUAAGCCUUUCAAGUCCUCCACACGGGAUGAACGCCAUUGUUCAAGCUGAAACGGCCCCCAGUACUGUUUUCGACGGUCUCCUGGCAUAUGAAUGGAACCAUGGAGUAUUGCCGGUCACAUCCAGGGCACAGCUUUACAACAUCCUCAAAACUUACAUAAACUCGAGUGGGUCAGGUUCCGGUGUGUUUCAACAGUCUCCCGCAAACAACCCAACGAACUUUACGCUUUUGACUGCGGACUACAAUAGGGCCGUGAACGAUGUACAUAGCGGGCGUUUUUGCACCCACAAGGGAUUCGCAUUCACGUGCACAGUCGCAAACCUCUUCUGGGAAUUUACUGGAGCCGCCAGUCAACGUUUCGCUGAGGACCAGGUGACAACGUGGCGCAUUCUCACUGCGUCACCAGCUGCGUUCGGUGUGCUCAGCAACUUGAAGCUGUACCCGUCCGGGCACGUGUCUCAUCUCUCGUUCUAUGCGGCGCUCGACGUCAACGUCAGCGUCAUGGCGACCGGCAUUGCAUCGUCGCUCGUCAAGCUCCACCGACCGGCGGGCAGCCGGACGGGAACCGUGACGAUCGUCGACGCCAAGAACGCGACCGCCAACUGGAGCCUGGCACUGCUCGUCACCGUGGUUACGAACAACGGCAGCAGCAGCAGCAGCACGGCGAACACGAGCACGCCAGCCAGCCAGCCCGUCGUCAAGGUGCACUAUGUCAACGUGCAAGACUGCUCUCACUGCCAGCAGUGCCGGAUCACGGCCGACCCGAUUCUGGCCUACGACGACAGGUGCACCUCUUGCCCACCGGGCUACACCGGAGCGGACUGCAGUCAGGACCUGAACGAGUGUGAGGGCUUUGUCUGCGGCGAGAAGCGUACAUGCACGGACGCUGUGGCACCUCGACUGGGAUACCAGUGUUCGCCGUGUGCGGCCGGCUUUACCGAGGACUUCAGUACGGGACUGUGUGUGCGCGAGAACGAGUGCUUGCGCCAAGGCAACGCCGCUGUGUGCAGUGCUAAUGCCAUCUGCGUCGACACCCACAGUUCGUAUGUGUGUUCGUGCGCAUCCGGCUUCACGGCGAGCCCCAAUGGACAAUGUGUCGACGUGGAUGAGUGUGCACAGGGCAAUCACACGUGUGACACGCCGCACUCCGCCGUCUGCAGCAAUACCGACGGGAGCUACACCUGCUCCUGCCCCUGGGGUUUCCGUGGCAACGGACUACUGAGCACCGGAGGUUGUACUGAGGUUGACGAGUGUCAACUACAGAACCCAUGCACAAACAAAUCACGGUGUGUCAAGCGCUCGCAAACCCUGUACGAAUGUCCUUGUCCGGACGGCGAUCUGGAAGGCCAAUCAGGCUACUGCGAAGUAUUGCCGGUGAUCUCCUACGCGCUGCAGCGGCCCAUCAGCACCGUUACCGUGGCAACCUCGGCGACGUUCACGCUACUAUGCACGUAUGCGGGCGCGCCGUACAGCUCCGUCUGGUGGACGCUACCUAGCGGUGCCGUCCUACACACCGCUGCCACCCAACAGCAGCAGCAGAACGGCACAACCUUCGGACGGUUCUCCAUCUUCCAGCAGCACCAGGGCGUAUCUGGUUCAAGCACACUGACGGUGACGGGGAUGACCGGGGGAGACCAGGGCGUGUAUACGUGCAGUGUGAACAACACCAAGGGAACGGCGAUGAACCGAACCUACAGUGCAUCAAUGACGAAGAACACUGUCCCCAAGCCCAACAAUGCUUCCGGUACCGCCAAUCUGGCCUAUAUAGCGUCUGGAGCUGGCUUUGGUGCAUUGGUCAUCGUGGCUACUGCACUGUUCAUCCUCAGAAGGAAGUCCGUCGGUUCAGGUCGAGCACGGAGGAGCAGCAGGCCUACCAAGAUGAGCAGCGGCAGCAAAACCGUCUCAUCCUCGCAGAGCUCAACGUCCACGGGCUCGGCCUGCUACAAGCCCGUCUCGACCAAGGAGAGCCCGAAGUUUGCCUCGCCGCUGACCAACGCCUGCUCGCCGCGGAGCCUGUGCCAGCAGGAGCUGAUCUAUCAGGACGCCGUGGACAUGAACACCACAGUGGCCGCCGUGGAGUGUCCGCCGCUAGAGCCGCACAAGUCCCGCACGUUGUCCGUGCGCACCACGCUGGGCUUUGACGAUCCAAAGUGCGCGUCCGCGCUUCAGCUCGAGACCCUAAUCAACAAAGGCGACCGCGAAGGCGAGGACGAGGACAUCUACGAUGAGAUGCGCGAGGCGAGCGACUUCGACCAGAACCUUCUCGACGCGACAUGGUCUGAUGCCAAGCGUCCCAGCACUGCCUCGUCAACCGGCUAUGUCAUAGACUCGUUUGCCAACUGCCCCACGCGAUGCCUGGGCACCACGAGCAACACCUCGAUCAACUACUACUCGUACGGUGAGGUCAACGAGUCCACCGUUGCCCUGACACAGGCCAGUACCGGCUGCUAUGACAACCUACAGUCCCUGGUCGCGGUGCCGUCGUCAUCCGCCCAAGGCAAGACCCCGACGGCGCUAGAGGAGGAGACGUACUCUGAUCCGCGCCCGACCAGCUCGCCUAGCAGUCCCGCUGCCUCCGCCACUAACUGCCUCAAAAACCGUAUUGGCAGUCUACGCGACAUGAUACCCUCGGUGCCCGGCAGUCCCAACAAGCGCUCGAAGAAGAGGGCGGGAUUGCCGGCGAGUUCCUCCGCCAUGCCCGGCUACCAGAACUCCAGCAUCCUGGGCAAUCCCUGGCAGGCCCUGAGCCUUGCCAACUUCAACAAUGCCGGCACGAGCAACUGCAACAGCCUCGGCAACAUCGACACCUACUUCAACGACAGUGCCAGCACGCAGUUGCCGUCGACGACCAAGACUCUGGUGGUGGCCAGUGCUAGCAUUGGUCAGCAGCAGCAGCAGAACCGCGCCCCUCCGCCUCUACCGUGCGCCGACUCGCUAGCAGCGGUCUCCUCCGGCGCGCGUCUACUCGGCGCAGCGGCAACACCAGCCUCGGCGAGCUCGCACACAGAGCUAGGGCAACUCCAGCAGUCCCAGCACUUCGCCACCUCCAGUACACAAUGCAACGAGCCACACGACCCCCGUCAGCAACAGCAACAACAGCAGCAGCAGCAGUCCGUGACGCUAGCGCAAGACGAUAUCUACGCGGCGGCUUCGCCCUCGGAGAUUCCCGUUGCCGACGCCGACGCCCGCAGCUUUUUCCGUCGCGACUCCAAGCGCAAGUCGCGCAAGAGCGUCAAGGGCAUUGCACCUCCGCCUCAGCCCGGAGCCGAGGAGGAGAGCAAAGCAGCGGCCACGGCCGCCCCAGUGCCGAAGCCGCGCACGCGCUUCAUGAGCUUGAAGAAGAAGAAGAGCAAGAGCAAGAACAAGGAGCAGGUGGUGCCGGCCACAGAGCCUGAACCACUGGCCAAGCAAAGCAGCACGGACACCGCGAUGCUGCAGCCCCGCUCCUCGAUGCGCUUCAACGGCUACAGCCAGAGCGCGAAGCUGAAGGACAAGGCACCGCAGCUGACGCACUCGGGGUCGAGCAUCGAGGACCCACUCGACGAGGACACGUACGAGUGUGCCCGACACAAUUCCGUAUUCUCGCGGGUCUCCAACCAGCAGGACAUCUACAACCAGAUGUCGCCGAUGCCGAGCAUCACUUCGGAGAAGAAGUACUGCAACGCCCAGCACCUGGAGCAGGCGGAACCGUCGCAGGACACACUCAACGAAGCUUGCGAGUACGUCGGUCCCAGCAUGCUUACUGGUUACCGUGGUGUUACCGGUGGCAACCGCCACUUACUGAACAGGUCGAGCUGUUGCUACGGUAACGGUCCCGAGAAAAUCGGCGCGAUGACCGGCGACAACUGCGACGGUGGUGGCUACGGCAACCUUCCUAACAGCGUUUUCUCUGCGGCUAGCGAUUGCUAUGACAACGGCAACCAGGUGGUCGCCCUGGGGCUGGGGGGUUCCGACUCCGACUACGGCCUGACCUACGGACUAGGGGUGCAGCAAGAUGGCGCGGCAGAUCCACUUCAAGGAGAUCAGUUGGCGGCGUUGGCGGGGCGGAGACUGAGCCUCACCGGGGAUGAGGACGUGUACAUGGCCGCCAACAACCGACGCGGCUCGGACGGCAUGUACAGCGUGCUGGGCUCGACGGGAGUGUCGCCGCGUAUGUCCCUCCACCGAGGCGUGGACAAACGCGACAGUGUCGGCGGGUACACCCCGAACGGCGUCGUCCUCGCCGAAUCCGACUAUAUGGCUAGCAGUGGUGUCGUCGUCGGAGUGGCGGAAUGCAACUACGGAGACAUUCCGCACGAAUCAGACAGCAUUGCCACCGGCGGUAUUGACGUGGCGGAAUGCAACUACGGAGAGGUUGCCACCGAAUGUGACUACGUUGUCAGUGGUGGUAUGGCUGUGGUCGAAUCCAACUACGGUGUGUGCCAGCCGCCACGCAACGCAGCUGAUAGCGAAGACGACGAUGGAGGAAACUACUCCUCCCAAUACGGCGUGAAUUCCACGGGCAUUGCCCCAGUGUAUGACAUGACGACCACUGAUGUCGUUCCAAUGUACGGUGUACCUGUUACUGCUAACGCUCCAGUGCAUGGCGUGACACCCACAGCUAACACCCCUGUCUAUGGUGUGACAAGCACAACUAACACUCCAGUCCAUGGUAUGAAUCCCACAGCUACCAACCCAGUCUAUGGCGCGCCAGCCACGGGUGACAUCCCGAUCAUGUCCAAGGAGUCGGAGAAGGUCAUAGAGCCUGCCUACCGACUGCUGCCGGCCAUUCCAACCGUUUCCAUGGCAACGAAUGACACCGGGAUCGCGGCCGAUGUCGUCGCCGCCAACGAUGACCUGUACCAGGCGACGCCUGAGGCGUGCAGCGAGGCGUUUGGCGUGGACGUGCACGGCGAGUCUAGAUACAUGACUGCACCGACAGCUUCCGAGAGUGCGUCUGUUGUCGCCGAGGACCCGUACAGUGACUUGGCGUCGGUGGUCGCGCAGGUCAAGAUGUCACGGAUGUCGCUGGUCUCCAUGGCUGGCAGUCCGCUCGUGCCGAUCCACGGUGCGAAGCCAGCACUGCCUCCCGUUGUGAAGCCAGCAGUGCCACUGCCUAAUGCGAAACCAGCUCUGCCUCCCGUUGUUAAAUCAGCGGUUCCACUCCCUGGUGCGAAACCAGCACUCCCUGCUGUGGUGAAGCCAGCAGUUCCACUCCCUGGUGUCACUAAACCAGUGCUGCCUCCUGUCAUGAAACCAGCGCUGCCGGCUGUCGAGGAUGAUGCCUAUAGCGACUUGGCGUCCGUUGUGGCAGAGGUGAAGCAGUCAAUGGCUGCGGAAAGCAGUCCGUACGAGCUGGGCAGAGGCGGUGGUGGAGGUGGUGCCAGUCCUCCUCAGCCUCUCCAGCUGCGCCAGCACCCGGAGGAGGUGUACGAGGACUCAGGCUCUCAACCGCCCCUGAUGCAUCAACAGGAGAAGGGAAUAUACCAGGAGACUGGCGGCAGUAUGGCCGAUGCUCAGCCGCUCCUGAUGCACCAGCAGGCUGAAGGGAUAUACCAGGAGACAGCCGGUAGCAUGGCUGAUGCUCAGCCGCUCCUAAUGCAUCAGCAGGCUGAAGGGAUUUACCAGGAGACCGGCGAUGUCUGCACUGAGAUGGGCAACGCCGCUGACUCCGAUUCUGAGCCGCAGUACGCAAGCAGCUAAGCUGCCGAGCGUGUGGUGCAAACUCCAUGCUCCGCGCCCUGUUGUUUGAAGUUGUCACCAGUGCGUUUGCUCACUGUGCCCACUCUUCGUCUGCUCUCUCCCUCUCUCUCUCUCUCUGUCUCUCUCUGUCUCUCUCUCUCUCUCUCUCUCUCUCUCUCU